AUGGCGGAACACGACCUGUCCGCGCUCGACGGCCUGCUGGGCGAGAUCGACAUCGAAGAAAAGGGCUCCGAAGACCCACGCGCCGCCAAGAUCCAGGCGCUCUUCCAACGCGCCAAGGCCGAGUACACGGCCAAGAUCGACAUCCCUGCCGGCUUCAUCACGCCUCCCUCCGCCUCAUUCGAUGCUGCCAUCUUCCAGGUUCCGACUCCAGCUGACCUUCUGGCGCACCGCAAAGCCGACCGGACCGGAUCGACAGGCCAGGAGUGGACCGCCAACUACCUGUACGUGCAGGGCCACUUUGAGCUCUGCCUCGCCUACGUCGUCUCGUUCGCCGUCUCGAUGGACAUUCCGUUCGCCUUUGGCAGUGCUGAAGCGGCACAGGAGGUGGAUACGUCACAAAUGGCGUUGCGCCGCUCAAAGCAGGAGCGCGAGCUCAGCAAGAACUGGGGUGUCAUCAAGGACGUUGUUGACGUAGGCAUGCGUGCGCUCCUUACGCUGCGUCGCUCCACGCCGCCUGCACAGCACGUCUCGUCAUGGGUGCCAUGCGAGGCAGAUGCGAAGUACGAGUGGAAGCAGGUCGAGCUUGAGACGUUGGCGCAGGGGUUCCUGACGUUUGCCAUGCGCGAAGUGCGCGUGGGGGCGGGCGACACACGCGCGGGAUUCUCAGGCAUGGUGGUUCGCGGAUCCGACGGCAAGCGCGGCGUGGAUAUGGACAAGGUGCAGCAGCAAAACUGGACGGUCACGCACGGUCUCGCACUCACCGCUGGGGACCUUGCGCUCGAGUUCGGCCUUUGGAGGACAGCGAUCGAGGCGCACACACUCUUUCUCGCGUGUCGCGGUGCGAUGUGGCGAGUGCUCAUGGCGCUUGCGCACGAACUCACCGCUUACGCCGACUCGCUCUCGUCCAGCCCCCCACGCGCAGUGGAGGCGCUGCACGUCGUUGCCAAGGCCGCCGUCGUGGCUGCUUUGCAGGCAGUGCCCAGGCGGCGCAAAGUCGAGCUGGCCCAACUCGUCGUCGCCCAACACCGCGUCAUCCCGCAAGCAUGGAUCGACGCCGCGCUCCAACCCGACUUUACCCAGCCCACGCCGUUUGACGACGAAGACACUCUGCUCUUCGACGGGCUUCUUUGCAUGGAGGGGGAGAGGACGGUGGUGCCGGAAGAAGUGGGUGUGGCGCUUGUCAAGGUGGUCUUUGCGAAAAAGAGCGGCCUGCUGGCCAUGUACGACAAGUUCCCCGACUACAUGCGCGAGUAUCGCCAACGUCUGCACUCGCACGACACCGAGUGGGAGGCAGACGAUGCUCCCGACGAAGACGGUGCAGGCCUACGAAGUGUCCGCACGCUUUAA